AUGAUCCGCUUGUGUUUGUCGUUGCUGGCUCUGUCCGCCGUUGCCAUUGCUGGUCCGCGUCAACCCAGCCCACCAGCCCUUACCUAUCUGUUCACGGCCAACAUCACAAGCGGUCCAACAAUCUCCCUGGGAUCAACACCUCUUGGCGACAGAGUCUUUGAGCCCAUUAUCGGUGGAUCAUUCACAGGACCCAAGCUCUCAGGUACUGUUGCUUCCGGCGGUGGCGAUGCGGGUCUCGUCGACGCCAACGGGGCCUUCAACCCGGACGUCGUCUACGUGCUCCAGACCAGCGACGGAUGCAACAUCCUCGUGAGAGAGAAAGGCCAUGCUCCAAAUCUGUUGCUUCUCUUCGAGACUGGCAGCGACAAGUAUGACUGGCUCAAUUCAGUCGUCGCAUACGGGAAAGGCUCGCAGAGCCAAAGUGGGGUAUCGCUCGACGUUUGGCAGGUCGGCACCUCGAGUUGA